UCCCAACCCUUUAAAUUGCUCUUUCAGCAUUAAAGCAGCAACUUAGAGGAGGAUUUCUGAAGAACAACCCCUGGACUCCAGUUUUUCCAAGCAGCAGGGAAGCAGAGUGCAAUCAUGAGUGACAGAUCCAAUGAGAAUCUCAUCAAAGAGUGCCUACUUCAGCUGAGGUGCCACUUUACAUGGGGCUUGCAAAUUGAUGACACUGAAAUGACUGAUUUAGAAAACAGGGUCUUUGAUCAGAUUGAGUUUCUAGAUGUCCAGUGCAAUACGAGAAUGUACAGCCUGCUGGCCUACGUGAAACACCUGAAAGGCCAGAAUCAGGAAGCCCUGGAGAGCUUGAAAGAAGCUGAAGACUUCCUGCUGCCAGAAUUCGCUGACCAAUCAGAUGUGAGAGGUCUGGUCACCUGGGGCAACUAUGCCUGGCUGUACCACCACAUGGGCAGGCUGGGAGAAGCCCAGACUUAUCUGGACAAGGUAGAGAAGACAUGCAAGAAGUUGGCAAGUCCCUUCAGAUACAGGAUGGAGUGUCCAGAGCUCGAUUGUGAGGAAGGAUGGGCCUUGCUGAAAUGUGGAAGAAAUAAUUAUGAACGAGCCAAGGUUUGCUUUGAAAAGGCUUUAGAAGUGGACCCUGAAAACCCUGAAUUCAGUGCGGGGUAUGCAAUCGUCACCUACCGCCUGAACCGCAUCAAUAGAAGAGUAGAGAGAAAACUGUCCACGCUGAAAGAUAGUCUGCACCCCUUAGAGCAGGCCAUCAGAUUAAAUCCAGAAGAUGUAUCUUUAAAGGUUCUCCUAGCACUGUGUCUUCAGGACUUAGGACGAGAAGAUGAAGGAGAAAAGUACAUUGAAGAAGCACUAGCCAGUAAGGGCUCGCAUACCUACAUCCUUCGGUACGCAGCCAACUUCCACCGCAGAAAGGGCUCUUUGGAUAAAGCUCUUCAGCUCUUAAAAAAGGCCUUGAAGGACACACCUUCCUCUGCCUUAGUGCAUCACCAGAUAGGGAUUUGCUACAAAGCAAAAAUCAUCCAAUAUAAAAAGGUCACACGCUGGCAGUCCAGAGGGCAGAAUAGAGAAAACAUUGAAAAACUGGCAAGAAUAGCUAUAGAUCAUUUGAAGUUUGCUCUGAAACACAAGCCCACUUUUGUGACUGCUUACCUAAACCUGGCAGAAAUUUACAUAGAAAUUGGUGAGUACAACAAAACUGAGGACACCUACCAAAAAGUGUCAAACCUGAAAUCACUCACAGAAGAAGACCUGCAACAGAUACAUCACCGAUAUGGCAAAUUUCAAGAAUUUCAGAGGAAAUCUGAAGUAGAUGCAAUUAUCCAUUAUUUAAAAGCGGUGAAAAUAGGGAAACCAUCUUUUUCUAGAGAUGAAAGUAUCAGUGCUUUAGAGAAAUGUGUCUUGAAGAAACUUCAGAAAAAUGAAUUUGAUGUGGAAGGCUUGUGCCUCCUUGGGUUCGCGCAGAAGCAGAGAGGAGAAAUCACGAAGGCCCUGGAGAGCUAUGAGCGAGCCCUGGAGCUGGCUGCCGGCCAGGAGAGAUCUGUGGGACACGAACUGAAGGUUCCGAAGCUGUGAUGCUCAUUUGGUAUUUCACAGUCCAUUUGAUCUCAGGUUAACACAUACUAAUUCAUCUUUUCUCUCGUUGCUUUUAGAAACAUAUUAUGCAAUUCCCUGCAAUGGUGUAAAUGUUUAGCAAUUAUUCAAACUUGAUGUAAAACAGCUGGAUGUAGAAGAUAGUGAGGUAGAAUGCCCCUGUCUCUGUGUCUGGAAGAGAGAGGAACCACUUCUUUGUGAAUUCUACAUAGUAAAAACUAUGUGUUGGGUAGUCUCCUAACAAAUAAAACAUGAUAACUA